AUGGCUUCCCUCGUGGAACUCUUCAAGGAAAAGGACAGCAAUGUACGAGAAUCCGCCGCUAGAGCCCUGGGCAACCAGUCGGCGUUAUCAGACACAAUCAUGGCUGCCUUUGUGGAACUCUUCAAGCACGAGGACUGGAGAGUACGAUCUUCCGCCGCUAGAGUCCUAGGCAACCAGUCGACGUUAUCAGAAACAACCGUGGCUUCCCUCGUGGAACUCUUCAGGGAAAAGGACAGCAGUGUACGAUCUUCCGCCGCUGAAGCGCUGGGCAACCAGUCGGCGUUAUCAGAAACAACCAUGGUUGCCUUUGUGGAACUCUUCAAGGACGAGAAAAGCAAUGUACGAUCUUCCGCCGCUGAAGCGCUAGGCAAGCAGUCGACGUUAUCAGAAACAACCGUGGCUUCCCUCGUGGAACUCUUCAAGGACGAGGACAGCAAUGUACGAUCUUCCGCCGCUAUCGCCCUAGGCAAGCAGUCGGCGUUAUCAGACAGAACCAUGGCUGCCCUUGUGGAACUCUUCAAGGACGAGGACUGGAGAGUACGAUCUUCCGCCGCUAGAGUCCUAGGCAAGCAGUCGACGUUAUCAGACACAACCACGGCCGCCCUUGUGGGCCUCUUCAGGCACGAGGACAGGAGAGUACGAUCUUCCGCCGCUAGAGUCCUAGGCAACCAGUCGACGUUAUCAGAUGCAACCAUGGCUGCCCUUGUCGGACUCUUCAAGGACGAGGACAGCAAUGUACGAAGAUCCGCCGCUGAAGCGCUAGGCAAGGAGUCGACGUUAUCAGAAACAACCAUGGCUGCCUUUGUCGGACUCCUCAAGGACGAGGACAGCAAUGUACGAAGAUCCGCCGCUGAAGCGCUAGGCAAGCAGUCGACGUUAUCAGAAACAACCAUGGCUGCCCUUGUGGAACUCUUCAAGGAAAAGGACAGCAACGUACGA